CAAUCCGAUGUGACUUUUUUUUCGUGUCGUGUAAACGGCACUAUUAUAGACCAGAAUCAGUGAUCAUCCUUUUCAUUUCCUGUCACAACAGCUGAAGGAGCAGGAGACAUCGCAACUGAUGCCCAGCCGUUCAGCCGUUCAGCGCGAAACUCGCUUCAUGCGGGCCUUGCGUUCAUUCCAUUUACUGAUAUUUUUACCAUGGGAUUAAACCAGGCCACGACGUGAGGGGACACGACCAAGUUGACCAAAGGAUUUCAUGUGGUUUGAGGUGGAUUGUUUUCGUCUUUACUUGGAACAUACGUCAGUGACAAUGUCAAGAUGAACCUUGCAAGAUCCCAAGCAUAUUUUUGCGUGGCAGAGAUGGUUGAACAAGAAGAAGUCACCUACAGGUCUUUGAUAAAGGAUUGGGCGGUCCGUAGUUCCUGUCAUGGAAUACCACACGCCGGGAGCGCGAGUACGCCACUUAGGAGGGUUUUCUGGACAGUCUGCUUCCUGAUAUGCGGAGCCAUCUUUGUCUGGCAAGGGGGAAAAUUCCUGCAGCGGUUUCUCAAAUACGAAGUAGCCAUCAGUAUCGAUUACACCACAGCGAGCACGGUUGAUUUUCCGGCGGUAACUAUAUGUAAUGCCAACAUAAUCAGAAAAUCUAACAUUUCGGACGGUGGGCCAGACCUUGUUAAUCUUCUAAAAUACUCUGCUGGCUUGACAAAUGACACACCACACGCAGACGCCAAGACUCGACACGCAUUCUGGAUGAAUUUCAGCAAGGUGUGGGCCCGUAUUGACUCCAGUCAUCGCAUCUCCAUGGGGCACGACUUGAAUGUCAUGUUGCUGGGAUGUCACUUUGCUGGUCAUGAGUGUCAUACAGGCGACUUCACUCUGAUAAAUGUCCCACUCUAUGGAAACUGUUUCAUAUUCAACUCUGGUUGGCACAAUUCCACCGUAUUCAAGUCCCACAAAGAGGGACAUAUCCAUGGUCUAGCUCUGGAGCUCUUCAUAGAGCAGCAUGAGUAUGUCCCAGAGCUGGUGGAGGCAGCGGGGGUACGAGUGAAUAUUGGGACUCAGAAUAUCAUGCCCUUCCCCGAAGACAAUGGAAUAUUUGCUCAACCUGGCACACUGACUUCUAUUGGGCUGCGGCGGGUUGAGUUGGUGCGGCUUCAGCAUCCCUAUCCAAGUAAAUGUGUCAACUACUCGAGACAGGAAGGCAUGGAGCACUCGAUUUUCUCUGAAAUUCACGACGUCAAAUAUACAGUUCCAGCAUGCGAGAAAACAUGCUAUCAACGUAAUAUGAUAGAAAGGUGUCAUUGUGCUGACCCAUUCUAUCCCCACACAUACGGUGAGGCCUUCAAGGCUGUCUGGCCCAAGAACACAGAACAUGAGGUCAAAUCGUGUAUUUCUGAAGAGGAAAUUGAAUGCGAGGAGCGUAUUCAAAAAAUGUUCAUCGAAGACCAACUUGGCAAUUGUGAUUGUCCACAAUCAUGCUAUGAUACAGACUUCCAAAUGACUGUUUCAUCUUUUGAAUGGCCAGCAGUACGUUAUCGAGAUGUCUACUAUAAAGAAAUAGCAAGUUAUAGCGAUGAACUUUAUGAGAUCGUCUAUGGGACUCACCAUGCUGGGACAACAGAUGAAAAUCUUCUCAAGCUCGAAAUCUUUUUCAAUGAAUUAAAUUUUGAGAAGAUCCAGCAGAACCCAGAUUAUUCCGGCAAUGACCUGUUUGCUGACAUUGGCGGGACAGUAGGUCUAUGGAUCGGCCUCUCAAUUCUCGCUGUGUUCGAAGGCAUCGAGCUCCUCGUUGAUCUGACCUCCCUCUAUUUCAAAAGAAGAAAUAUAAUUCAGACCGCUCGUAACUCCGAUUCUAAUACAUCGAACAAUAAAACUAAUCAACUCAGUCCUCAGUAUAGUACAGAGAAGACCUUUACUGCUUCACUUGGUUCAUACCCUGGACUUGACUUAGCUCCAGUCGAUGAGGAAUACCAUGAUUUGUCAUUGGCGGGAACUUUAAGGCGGACUAGUUUGAAGACGUUUAAAAGAUGA